AUGUUAUCAGUGAGAUAUUCUUUAAUCGGUAGUACUGUAAUCGCCAAGUCUUUCGUGCGAGGAUUUUCCAGUUGCUAUCAUUCCCAAUUAUGCAGAUCAUUUGUUACAGAAUCAAAUGCAAAGCCGGAAACAGAAUACUCAAAGGUGAUUGGAAUUGAUUUAGGAACAACAAAUUCUGCAGUCGCAUUAGUUGAAGGUCAGAAGCCACGAAUUUUGGAAAACGCCGAGGGAACAAGAACCACCCCAUCAACCGUGGCAUUUACUAAGAAUGGCGAUGUAUUGGUUGGCGAACCCGCAAAACGGCAGGCAGUGUUAAACAGUGAAAAUACAUUUUACGCCACGAAGCGUCUUAUAGGGAGGAAAUUUGAUGAUGAAGAAGUUCAAAACGAUUCCAAGAAUGUUUCAUACAAAAUUGUCAAGCAUGACAAUGGGGAUGCGUGGGUUCAAACCACAGUUGGAAAUAACGUCUCGUAUUCUCCAUCUCAGAUAGGUGGGCUUGUUUUGAAAGAGAUGAAGAAAAUUGCCGAGCAGGAUCUUGCUGUGAAGAUUAAGAACGCUGUGAUAACAGUUCCAGCUUAUUUUAACGAUUCUCAAAGACAGGCAACUAAAACUGCGGGCGAGUUGGUUGGUUUAAAUGUCGUGAGAAUUGUGAAUGAGCCUACAGCUGCAUCACUUGCCUAUGGUCUUAACCAGAAUAAGAAUGGCACGGUCGCAGUGUACGAUUUGGGUGGUGGUACUUUUGAUAUCUCGAUCUUGGAUAUAGAUGAUGGUGUUUUUGAGGUGAGAUCAACCAAUGGGGAUACACAUUUAGGAGGCGAGGAUUUUGACAAUUUGUUGGUAUCAUAUAUUUUGAAGAAGUUUAAAGAAGAUCAGAAAAGCAAUGUGGAUAUAACCAAGAAUAAGAUGGCAAUGCAAAGAAUCAAGGAGGCCGCAGAAAAGGCAAAAAUUGAGCUUUCGCAUGUUCAUGUGACGAAGAUUCAGAUACCAUUUUUGACUAGCACGGAUAGUGUAGACUUUGAACUCAAGGAGUCCGAACUCGACAAUCUUUCCAUGCAUUUAAUCAAGAAAACUCUUGGACCUUUGAAAACUGCUUUGUCUGAUGCAGAUCUUGAGAAAAGUGAUAUCGACGAGAUAAUAAUGGUUGGAGGAAUGACAAGAAUGCCGAGAAUAAGAAAGCUUGUCAGCGACUUUUUUGGAAAGACGCCAAAUGUUAAGGUUAACCCUGAUGAGGCAGUUGCUUUGGGUGCUGCUAUACAAGGUGCUGUUCUUUCAGGUGAAGUUAAAGAUGUCCUCUUGUUGGAUGUGACACCGUUAACUUUAGGAAUUGAAACAUACGGAGGUUUAUUUUCACCAUUAAUUCCUCGUGGUACUACAGUCCCUUGCAAAAUAAAUACAACCUAUUCUACUGCGGUGGACGGUCAGAAUUCAAUCGAUAUUAAUGUUUACCAGGGAGAGAGACCACUUAUUAAGGAUAACAAAUUAAUUGGCAAAUUCAAGCUUUCAGGAAUACCACCAAAGCCAAAAGGUGUGCCUAAAAUUGAGGUUUCAUUUGAUAUAGAUGCAGAUGGAAUCAUCAAAGUGAGUGCCGCCGAUAAGGAGAGUGGGAAGAAAUCCUCAAUUACUGUUUUUGGUAAAACCGGAAUGUCAAAGGAAGAGAUCGAUAACUUGGUGAAGAAGAGUAAGGAGACAACAAAAGAGGACCAAAUACGGAUGAAUUAUUUGAAGCACGUUAAUAAUUUGGAGUUAAUAGUGUUCGAUAGUGAGCAGGCCAUGGAAAAUCUAUCAGCAUUCAUUACUCAGCAGGAAAAGACUACAUUAAAUAAAAAAAUCAGCAUCGUGAAAAGAAUGAUCGAGGAUUCAAGAAAGGGUGACCUCUUCAACGUAAAGUUAAUCAAGGCAGCACAGGACGAGUUGAAAGAUGAAACUAUGGAAGUUAUAGGAAAUGCUGGCAAGAGAAGUCGCCAUGCUUAUCAUAAGGGAAAGGCCGAUCCUAAAGAUAAUUAA